AAAUAAAAUAAAAUAAAAUAUAUUCUUUAUUCUUCUCGUAAAAUAAAUACAAUUUUUUUUUAAAAAAAAAAAAAUGACAGAACUUAUUAAUGUACCACCAAAAACGGAAUAUAAAAAAAGUAGUGAAAAAGUAUUUUUUUCAUAUCCAGGAAAUCAAGAACAUUUUCAAAUCAAUUAUCUUGGAGUAAAUCCAAAUGCUAUGAUAGCAGGAACUUUACAUUUAAGAUUUCCAUCAUCAGAACCAAUAUUAGCAAGUAAAAUUGAUAUAAUUUUUAGAGGGUCAGAAAAAGUUAGAUGGACUGAAAGACGAGGAGAAUCAUCUGUAACAUAUAAAGCAAAAGAAGUUAUUGUAAAUCAAUUAUUACAAUUAUGGACAACAUCAAAACCUGAUGGAGGAUAUGAAGAAAUUCGUAAUUUAGAUAUACCAUUUGAAAUCAAUUUACCAAUAAAUUUACCACCUUCAAUUAAAAUUGAUGGAGGUAAAGGAAAAAUUAGAUAUAAAUUAAUUGCUAAUAUUAAUCGUAAAGGAAAUUUAUGGAAAUUUAAAGGUUCAGAAAAAACUGUUGUAUUAUCAAUUAAUCUUAAUAAAUAUAUUUCACCUCCAAUUAGUUUACAUUCUUUUAAUUGGAAUCAAUUAAAUGAUUAUGAAGCUAUAGAUCGUGGUUUAGGUUAUAAUAUUACAUUGGAAAAUUCUAUUGGUGGACCAAAUAUGCCUUUUAUUAUAAAUCUUUUAUUAAAAUUUCAUAAACAAGAUUUUAAAAUUACUAAAAUAACUUUUGGUAUAAAAGAAUAUAAUAAAUUAACAACUAAAAGGAAAACUAGAAAAUCUUCAUUUUAUAUAAUUGAAAAACAAAUUAAAGGUGAUGAAAUUUUAUUAAAUUCUAAUAGUGAAGUAAAUACUCAAAUUAAAAUAGAAUUACCUGAAUGGAAUAAGAAUCAAAAUUAUUGUUUAACUAUAAAUGAUAGAAGACAUGUUGAAGUUAAUCAUAAAAUUAAAAUUAAAAUUCAUUGUGGUGGAAUUUUUACUAGUAAUAUUAAAUUAGACAAAGAAAUUGAAAUUAAAAAUAUUUUAUUGGAAAAUCGUAAUCACAAUCAUAACGAUAAUAAUAAUAAUAACGAUUACUAUAACAAUAAUAAUGAUUACAACAACAAUAAUGAUUACAAUAACAAUAAUGAUUACAGUAACGAUUAUCAAAAUUACAAUAACGAUCAUAAUCAUAAUUAUAAUACCAAUUAUAAUGAAAAAAAUUAACC